AAAAUUGAGGACAGGUGUUAGGAUAUUGAUUGAGCAGUGGCUCGUGGAAGACACAAGCCAAAUGCGCGUGUAUUACUAUCUCCACCUUUCUCCCCACUCAAAAUAUUAAAUUCAGACCUCACCGGAAUGCAAACAUGAAUCAAUGGAAGCCACCACCACCAUCACCGCCGCCGCUAAACUCGUCCAAAACUCCAUCCUCUACGGCGUCAGAUUCACCUACGCAACACAUCACCAACCGCUCCAAUCGCAAAGACACUGUCAGGAAGAGGAGUGAGAUGGAAGGUGGAGAUCCGACUGCUGCUAGAAAAGUUAAGAAGGCGGACCGUGAGAAGAUCAGGAGGGAUCGGUUGAAUGAUAGUUUUCAUCAAAUGGGAAGAACUUUAGAUCCUGAUAGACCACAGAACGACAAGGCAACCAUCAUGACGGAGACAAUCCAAGUGCUAAAGGACACAACAGCUAAAGUUGAUAGACUGAAAACAGAACACAAAUCAAAUUCUGAAGAGUCACAAGAACUAAUACAAGAAAUUAAUGACCUCCGAGAAGAGACAGCAUCUUUAAAAUCCGACGUGGAAAAUAUUAAUUCCCAGUAUCAGCAGAUAGUCAGAGUCAUGCCACCAUGGACUGCAAUUGACCAUUCUGUUAUGAUGAGUAGCCCUUAUCCAUAUCCAGUUCCUAUACCAAUCCCGCCUGCACCGGUUUCCAUUCACCCACCUCUGCAACCUUUCCCUUACUUUGUAAACCAAAAUCCUGGUCAUAUUCCAAGUCUAUGCUCAAUGUAUAUGCCAUUCUCGGCGCCGGCUAUUCCCCCGGUUGAGAUGCCAUCAGCUCAGUAUGCUUCUACAUUCCACAUGUUUAGUCGAAAAGAGUCUCAAAGCAAGUCACCGGGUCAUAAAAGAAGACCUAAUGAUGCAGACAGAUGUAGUGUGUCUCCUGAUGUGGCAACAGAACUUGAACUUAAGAUGCCUGGAUCAUCAACACAACAGGAUUGCACAUCUAAAGGAAAAAAGGGCAAGCAUUCAGUGAUGAGUGAUAGAAUCAUCAUCGAUGAGAGUGCCUCGAGUCAGGAUUCUCCAUCUCAGGGACUUCAAGAUAGCUCCAACAGCAUUGGCGACACCCCAAAGGCCGUUGAUUGACCUUUUACAUUGAUUCUUGUACCAUUUGACCAUAUGUUUCAGGUUACAAACUACUCAAAAAACUUACUCUUUUGAGCCAUUUGAGUCCUUAGCAUGCGCAUACUGUAUCGAGGAGGGGUUGGAGCCUAAGGAAUGGAAGGCUAUCCUCGUGAUAGUGUUGUGGUAGAAUUAGAGCUAACUACUGGAUUAAUUGAGGUCUUAUGUGAUGUUAGUAGGAAGGUCUUGCAGAAAGGUGGGAAACCAUUGAAGCAUUCUGGUAGUAUAUAGUGAUACCUAUAUCUGCUUGCACUAACUCGGAGCAGAUUGGAUCUAUGUGUCAGAUUAGGUUUUGUUUAGGUUGCAUAAGUCAUGACUUGCAUUAGCAUAGUGUGUCAAUUAUUGUUAUAUGAUACUAUCUCGUGUGUGAUUGCUUGAGCCUUGAUGUUAUAUAUUAUUGCAUGUAUUUAGUGCUUUACUCAACUCAAUUAUAUUCUUAAAAA